CGUUGAGAGUAAGUACCAUCGUUGAUCAACGAUCACAUUGCUGAUGGUCGAUUUACCACCGCAAUCAGUCAUUUGCGGAAUCUCAUCGAGCACGGUAAGCAUGUUAGCGAUUCUGGUGUCAUUGGCCACAGUGGCCUUUCUGUGGUUGGUUUACCAGCGACGGAUGGCGAGGGCGGCAAAAAUUGCCGCCUACUUUCCCCAUCCGAAACCGGUGCUGCCACUUUUGGGCAACUCGUUGAUGUUUGCCAACAAAGACGCUCCGGCAAUCUUCCACACGGUUCUGGAUCUGCACAAACAGUGCGGACAGAAUUUGGUUACGUAUGGAUUGUUUGGGGAUGUUCAGCUACACAUCUCUAGCCCGAAGGCCAUCGAACGGGUUCUGCUGUCCAAGGUCACCAAGAAGAACUACAUCUACGAGUAUCUGGAGCCAUGGCUGGGCACGGGUCUGUUGCUAUCGUUCGGCGAGAAGUGGUUCCAACGGAGGAAGAUCAUUACACCGACGUUCCAUUUUAAGAUUUUGGAGCAGUUUCUGGAGGUUUUCAAUGCGGAAACUGAUCGAUUGGUGACGAAGAUAGAGCAGCACGUUGGCGGAGAGGAGUUCGAUAUGUAUCAGUAUAUUACGUUGCAUGCACUGGACAGCAUUUGUGAAACUUCCAUGGGCGUAUCGAUCAAUGCGCUGGACAACCCGGACAACGCGUACGUUCACGCCAUCAAAGACUUUGGCAGCAUCGUCAUCCAGCGAACGUUCUCCGCGUUGCGAUCGUUUCCACUACUCUACUUCCUGCAUCCAUUCUACUGGCGCCAGCAGAAGCUAAUCAAAACCAUGCACAAUUUCACCAACUCUGUAAUCAAGGCCAAACGGCAAGCCUUGGAGGAGAAACGUCACACCGAAGGUGAAACCAAGGAGCACAACGAAGAUGAUGGAAUCUACGGUAAGAAACGGAUGAGCUUCCUGGACCUGCUGCUGAACGAGAGCUCCAUGAGCGAUGCGGACAUCCGCGAGGAGGUCGAUACGUUCAUGUUCGAAGGACACGAUACGACCACUUCGGGGAUUUACUUCUCGUUGAUGGCCCUUGCCAUGCAUCCGGAUAUUCAGGAAAGGUUGUACGGUGAGAUUCGGCAGGUGUUGGAAACGGAAGAGGAGCGACAUGCUCCGCUAACCAACGCAACGCUGCAACAGAUGAAGUACCUGGAUAUGGUGAUCAAGGAGGUUUUGCGGGUUUAUCCAUCGGUGCCGAUCAUCGGCCGGGAGCUGCUGGAGGACGUUGAGAUCAACGGAUGCCAAGUACCGCGGGGAACCGCCAUGGUGGUGAUCAUCCAUAAUGUGCACCGCAACGCGGAAGUGUUCCCCGAUCCGGAGCGGUUCGAUCCGGAAAGAUUUUCCGACGAAUCCGGCGGGAAAAGAGGGCCGUACGAUUACAUACCGUUCAGUGUGGGAGCGCGAAAUUGCAUCGGUCAAAAGUACGCUUUACUGGAGAUGAAGGUUACGCUGGUGAAACUGCUGUUGGCAUAUAGGUUCAUUCCGGGGAAGUCUACGGAUUCGAUUCGUAUUCAGGGAGACCUUGUGUUGCGUCCGUUCGGGAAUAUGGCGUUAAGAAUCGAGAGCAGAUAAAGUUGUGGGUGUGCAAGGAUUGAAAUGCAAAUAAAAAGCUGUUCGCUUGGGUGUAA